GAAAAAUAGCCCAGAGACCAUGGUCCGAUAGGGACGAAAAGGGGCGGGGUUUAUGCUUUUUAACCAAUCGGAUGUGAGAAGUAGUUAUAUCUGCGGAUCCUCGCGGGUUGUUUCAAAACAUAAAUGAAUAAGUAUUAUUUGAGAUAUUUUACUAUUUAUCCGACGUUAAACAUCAACGAGAAAAGAAGGCACUGAUAUUUAAUUAUUCUGAAUGAACAGAGUGAAACCAUUAAAUGGAUGAGAAACUUGAUAAGGAGAUGCAACCACCAAAGGUAUUGAGUUUAGAGUAUCACAAACGAAGGUUUAAAAGACCUGGGCAAUCAUUUUAUGAUUUUUCUAAAAGAAAGUUAUCAAAGCGUUCACCAAAAUCAGCCUUGAACCAAGAAACUCACCUGACAAAUAAAGAAAUUGGUCAAUCAUCUUCAUUGGAAGUAAAUAAUUCUGAAUCAACAUCCAAGUCUGCCCCAAAAUUGACUGAACCAAUUGGAUGUGCUCAAUUUGAGGAUGGCAUACAAGAAGAACCCUUUCUGCCAGAGGUGGAGAUAUAUCUGAAUUUACUUGAAUCAGAAAAAGAAUCUGUAACUCUGGCUGAUGGAAUAAGCUUUUUUAUGGUCCUACCAGAUAUUACUUUAGAAAAGUCAUUAUUAAAGAAAGAGUGCUUAAUUCUUCUUGAAAGAAAAGCUGUGAUGUUUGAAAAUAGAGAAUCGGCAUGGGUUGUCAUGUGUAGCUGCCAACCUGCAUGGUCUAGGCAGAUGUCAUCAUCUUCCAACCAGUAUUGUUCUUCACGUUUUGACUUUUAUAAUCAGUAUCCGGAAUGUAUACAUAGGAAAGUUGGAUUUAAAAUAUUUAAAGAAUAUGAUAUACUACAUAAUAUUGAACCUGAUGAACACAUCAAUUCUGUUGCAGAAAAUGAGAGUGAUCAUACUUACUCCACGAAUGAUCAGAAAGUUAUAGAAGCUGCCAAAUUAAAUGGAAUACCUGUUCUACGUAUAUAUUCAGACAACGAAAAGAGUUAUGGAUUAGUAAGUGUGUUGAAAGGCAAAUAUUUUUGCUUUUGCUGUAAAAAAAAUUUCUGUGGACACACAAAGCUUGUCAGAAAUCCGUCAAAUGUAGAAAAUGUUUCGCCACUAAUUAUUGAACUUCAAGAGUUUGAAAAAAGUUUAAAAGAUGAAAAAAAUACCAGUAAAAAGAAAGGAACAUGUAAAUCGUAUCUGAAAGUGCCAUUUAAACCAGAUUUACUCUAUUCAGAAACUUUAAAGAGUUUACCUGGGAACUUGAUUUUUGUGCCUGAUGAAGUUUCCUGUUGUCACUGCGGGGGUGAAUUAGAUCGAGGGGAUCCUGUUCUAAAUGAAUGGAUAGCUGUGAAGGAUGCGAUUGUGAUAACAAAUACAAUUUUAGAAAAAGCAAAUGUGUACUACAGACCAUGUCUGAAUUGUGAUACCAUUACCGAUUUUGAUGGUUUAAACAAAUGUAUCCUCAACAUGGGAAACUAUAUGGUUGGUCAUGAUGUUUUAAGAUCAUACAUGCACUCAUUUCUUCAUGGCAGGAGACCCCUCUUCACAUUUUAUAAUGUUUUUGUUGAUGUCCAUGAAGAUUAUGGUAAUAUAUCAAUUAAAGAUGAGUUUAGCUAUCAUCAGUUUAGGUUUGCAUGGUUAUCUUUUUUUGACCUGUUGGACAUCAACAUGACAGAAGGCUUUUCAUGCCCUGUUUGUGAAAGAGAUGGAGGUCCAGACACAAUUAUAUGUGAUGGUACAUCUGUUUCAUUUCAAAGACGAAUGUGGACAUGGAAAGAGUUAGGCAUUCAGCAUAAGACCACCAAUCAAAUUCCAAGUUUCAGGGACAGAAUAUAUAUUGCUGAUGCAUCAUGCAGAGACCUUCUUUAUAGGUUCGCUGCUGGCGGGGAAGUAAUAAGGGGGAAGUUCACCCCUUCAUUAUCUGUUGAUGAAAAAGACACUCUGAAAGAUAAACUGAAAAAAUAUCCAUAUUUAGACAAUUUUAUUCACUCUGUUGAUGAUGGCAGUACCAAACUAAAAAAAGAAUUCCUCAAAUUUGUAACUUCUAUAGCCUCAAAAUCACCAGUUUGCGGUUACAUUCAUCCAACUAAAGAUGUUGAACUUUUAAUGAACGAGUUAAUAUCUGGAAUGGAAAUAAAGAGUUACCCUGAUAAGUGGAAAAGUUUGCAUGAAAAUAUUCCUGUAUUAUUUGACAUCAUGGAAAAUACUAGUGAGAAAUUUGCCCCACCAGAAUUACGUCCCCUGUUGAAGGAACUUUUAAGAUUAUCUUUAAAACCAUUUGAAAAUUGUCUACCAUGUGAUGAGAAUGAAGAAUGUGAUGAUGCAGAAGAGAUGAGUUUUUUUCCAUCGCUCCCUCAAAUUCGAAAAAAAUACACUUACUUAAUGGACACCACCAAACCAAAAAAAUCAUGUUCCAAAACCUAUCGAGGCCAUCCAUCUCUUCUUCCUGGUGUUUUUACACUAUUUUGUCCUCAUGGUAUUUGCUAUGGUUUCCAAGUUAUGCCCAACAACGAAUCCCCGAAAAUACCAUUUAAUAUAUUAAAAACAAGAUUCAAAAAAGCUCCACGAUUUGUAAUAUACGACAAUGCUUGUGCUUUGCACUCUUACUGUUUAAAUAGAGAACCUGAAUUUUUUAAAGAAACAAUAUUUUUAGUGGACAGGUUGCAUUGGGAUAACCAUUCGGGUUGCAGUUGUGGAUAUCGUUUGAAUUUAUAUCCUGAACUUAAAAAUUUGAACAGCCAGAUAAAUGAGCAAGCUAAUGCUGGCCUCAAGAGGAUCAAAGAUCAAGUUUCGUAUAUGACUGCACAAAACUUUAUGAAUCAUAGUUCAUUUUAUCUUUGGAAUAAAAACAUGAAAAAGAGGAGCAAAUUGUAAUUGAAUCAAAUUACCUUUGAAAAGUAUGACAGAACAAAUAUUUGUAAUGAUUUCCUAUCAAACAUUCAUAUGGUCUUCACCCUUGUCCAUUCCUUGAUCAUUAACAGUUGAGCUUAUAACCCUUCUAGGGGUCACUAUUAUUUAUGGAAUUUUAUGUAACUUGCUGGAGUGAUUGAAUAGGUCAUAAUGACAAGCUCUAUCUAAAUUUUGCAUAACGAAAAUAUUUUUUCCAAAGUUUUUUUUUUCAUAGAAAGGAUGCAAUCGUUUUGGAGGUCACAAUUUUCCUCUAAAAUUUAUGAUACUUGAUAGAAUGAUGUGUUUUUAUAACAAGGUACUUUGUAGGAUUAGUUCCCCUACGUUUGCCUAUAUUCAAUCUAGAGGUUACAUUUCUUCCUUAAAUCUUGUGAAACAUGCUGUGGUGACUGAUUAGCCCUAUCGAUAGUUAGCUUUUAUUUAUCUUUUAAGAGUUAUUCACACCAGUUUUCUAAAGGUUGUAUUGAUAUUAAAUACAGCCUGUAUAUCAUAUAGUAUUAGUUAUUUAUAUUUUGAUAUUAAAUAUAGCCAGUAUAUCAUAUAGUAAUUUAUAUAUUGAUAUUGAAUGUAGCCUAUAUUUCAUAGUAAUAUAUAUAUUGAUAUUAAAUAUAGCCUGUAUAUCAUGUAGUAACUUAUUUGUUGAUAUUAGAUAUAGCCUGCAUAUGAUAUAGUAAUUUACAUAUUGAUAUUUUAAUAUACAUGUAGUCUGUAAAUUAUAUGGUAGUAAUGUAUACAUAUUAAAUAUAGCCUGUAUAUCAUAUAGUAAUUUAUACAUUGGUAUUAGGUAUAGUCUUUACAUCAUAUAGUAAUUUAUAUAUCAAUUUCAAAUAUAGGCUGUACAUCAUAUGGUAAUCUAUAUAUUGAUAUAGCCUGUUUAUCAUAUAGUCAUUUAUAUAUUGAUAUUAAAUAUAGCCUGUAUAUCUGUAUAUCAUAUAGUAAUUAGGGUUUCACACUGCGUAGCUUGUGUGAAACACUAUUGUUUUUGUUAAAAUUAUUCUUAUUAUUAUUCUUCUUAUUAUUAUUAUUUUUUUUUUUCCAAUUUGCUUAUAUCUCAGCAACUUCUUGUCGGAUCGAUACAAUGUCUUCAGUUUUACUGGGAAAGUGGGUGUGACUUAGAGAUUAAAGCUAUUCCCGGCAUUCUGCGACAUUGCGAAAUGUCCGAAAUCACCGAAAAUGUCGUUUUUUGAAAUAUUGCCGUAAUAUUAACAAUAAUCAUUGGAUUUUAGCAUAUGAUGCAUUUUGACAUAGCCAGAAACAGUAGACAUAGCUAUGUUACUUUUGAUUUUUGAUUUUCGACGAAUCUUGGAAGAUAUUAGGCGCCAAAUUUUGAAAAUUUAAAUUUUUACAAAAAACUUUUUUAUUUAUUAAUAUUUUUAUAUGACAUUUUAACCAAGGUUAAAGAGUCAUCUGAUUUGAACAAAAAUGUCAACAUUUUUUGUUUCCGUAAUUUUCCUUGGCCGCCAUUGGCUAAUUCAGUUUUUCAGUCCUACAUUAAUUAUUUAUUGUUCGAUUUGUAUAAAACCAUGUUCAUAUGUUCCGUGGUUCAAAAUGCCAUUUUUUUUGUUACCGGUGAAGUUUCCUGUAGGCACCGGAAGUGGCGUAAAUUCAGCAAAAACUACAAUAUUGACAGUUCGGUACAACUUUUUGAAAGCAAAUACUAAAUCUCGGACUCAGUUUUUUUAAUUUCGAUUUUAUUUUCGGGCCAUUUCGGUUAAAAGGUAAAAAAAGGGGUAAAAAUAAGCUAUUUACAACCCAUCCAGUGUCUUCAUAUAUUAAAAUAUUUCUUCGAUACUUUCAUAAACUUGUAGCAAUAAUCCAUACAAAGAGAAUGUAUGUGAAAUUUAGUUUGUUAUAUAAGCAGUUGCCGAGAAAUGGGCAAUUUUGCAUGAGUCACUUUUCACGUUAUUUUGGCUGUAAAAGAAUCAAUUAUUAUUCGAUUUUCAAUUUUCUUUCACUGUCUGUUGCCUAUUGCCACAGUCGACUAUUCCAAACCAUUUUAACACUUUCACUGUUACCGGAAGUGACGUCAUUUAGGCAAUAACUGAAUUUUUAGCCUUAAAAAUACAUUUUUUAUUCAAAUGAGUAUUAUUUGUAAUAUUUUUAGAAUUAUGAAAUUUGGUUCCCAUCAACAAAUAGAAUGAACCGAUACGAUCAUAUAGAUACCACAAAAUGGUUUGUAACUUGUACGGUUGCAGAGAAAUGGAUGAUUUUCCACAAGCCACUUUUUACUUUAUUUUGGCUCUAAAAGAAUUAGUUAUUAUUCGAUUUUCACAAAAUUUUCACCAUAUGAUGUCUUAUGCCAUUUACGAUUUCAUAGAACUAAUUUAACUUUUUUAGUAUCACCGGAAGUGAUGUCAUUUUGUCAAAAACUGAAUUUUUAGCCUGCAAAACAGAUAUUUUAUUCAAAUGAGUCUGAUUUGUAAAGUUUUCAAAAUUAUGAUAUUUGAUUCCAUUCAACAAAUGGAUUGAACCCAUACGAUCAUACAGACACCAAAAAAUGGUUUCUAACUUGUGCGGUUGCAGAGAAAUAGUCGAUUGUCUACAAGUCACUUUUCAAGGUUUUUGGUCUAUAAAAGUGGCAAUUAUUAUUCUAUUUACAUAAAAUUUUCACUAUAUGAUGUCAUAUGCCAUUUCGGAUUUCAUAAAACUAAUUGAACAUUUUCAUUAUCACCGGAAGUAAUGUAAUUUUGUCAGGAUCACUUACAAGUAACAGAUGUAUAAAAUGAAUUAUUGAUAUUUGCUGGAUUUGGUUGAUUCUGCGUCCAAUUUAUUUGAUGUGUGCAAUGCUUAUGGGGGAACCUGUUUAAUGGUUUCAUUGGUACCCGAAGUGACAUAUGUUCAAGGGUAACAUGGCACCGGAAGUGACAUGUUAAAGGGUAACGUGGCACCAGUGAAACCCGUCAUUCCUGCAUGCAGGUCUAGUUUAUAUAUUGAUAUUAAAUAUAGUCUGUAUAUCGUAGAAUAAUUUACAUAUUGAUAUUAAAUAUAGCAUGAUAUUAAAUAUAGUCUUCAUAGCAUACAGUAAAUUAUAUAUUAAUAUUAAAUAUAGUCUGUAUAUCGUAGAAUAAUUUACAUUUUGAUAUUAAAUAUGUUUAAUAUGGCAUGCAUUUGCUGUAGUACUUGAUAUUAAAUUUAGCCCGAUGUUAUAUGUAACCUGUAUAUGAUAUAGUAAUUUAUAUAUUGAUAUUAAAUAUAGCAUGUAUAUCAUAUAAUAAUGAACAUUAAAUAUAGCCUGUAUGUCAUAUUGUAAUGUAGAUGUUGGUAUUAAAUAUAGCCUGUAUACAUGUAUCAGAUAAGGAUGAUAUUGAAUAUAACCAGUAUAUCAUAUAGUUAUUUAUAUAUCGAUAUUAAAUAUAGCCUGUAUACAUGUAUCACAUAGUAAUGAUAUUAAAUAUAACCAUUAUAUCAUAUAGUUAUUUAUAUAUGAUAUUAAAUAUAGUCUGUAUACAUGUAUCACAUAGUAAUGAUAUUAAAUAUAACCAGUAUAUCAUAUAGUAAUUUAUAUAUGGAUAUUGAAUAUAGCCUGUAUACAUGUAUCACAUAGUAAUAAUAUUGAAUAUAGCCAGGCAUAUUAAAUAUAGCCUGUAUACAUGUAUCACAUAGUAAUAAUAUUAAAUAUAGCCAGAUAGUAAUUGAUAUAUCAAUAUUAAAUAUAGCCUGUAAACAUGUAUCACAUAGUAAUGAUAUUAAAUAUAACCAGUAUAUCACAUAGUUAUUUAUAUAUCCAUAUUAAAUAGCCUGUAUACAUGUAUCACAUAGUAAUGAUAUUAAAUAUAACCAGUAUAUAACAUAGUAAUUUAUAUAUCCGUAUUAAAUAUAGUCUGAAAACAUAGUAAUGAUAUUAAAUAUAACCAGUAUUUCAUAUAGUUAUUUAUAUAUGGAUAUUAAAUAUAGCCUGUAAACAUGUAUCACAUAGUAAUGAUAUUAAAUAUAACCAGUAUAUCAUAUAGUUAUUUAUAUAUGGAUAUUAAAUAUAGCCUGUAAACAUGUAUCACAUAGUAAUGAUAUUAAAUAUAACCAGUAUAUCAUAUAGUUAUUUAUAUAUGGAUAUUAAAUAUAGCCUGUAAACAUGUAUCACAUAGUAAUGAUAUUAAAUAUAACCAGUAUAUCAUAUAGUAAUUUAUGGAUAUUAAAUAUAACCUGUAUACAUGUACCACAUAGUAAUGAUAUUAAAUAUAGUAA